CUGCAGAUGAAAGGUGGACUAUGAACAAGUUUAACAACUCAGUCUUUCCGCAUGGUUCCAAGUCUUGUAGAGAAGGCUAUGCAGAAUAUGUUUUGUUGCUUAUAAGAAAGCCGAGCAGAGCUUUGCAACGUCAGAGUGCUCAGAGUAGCACAAGACUCGUAUUCAGCCGUGCUGGCAGUUGAGGUGGAAACAGCUUGCUGAAGACAGUUAGGGUUUGAACCCGUUACAUAAAACACGCUUUGGGGGGGACAGUGCGCUUUGGAAACUGGAAACCGCCUCUGCUGACAGAGAGCUGAACCGCUGAGCAGAGAUACUUUCAAAGGAACUUUUGUCCUCAUCCGUGUAGCCACAGCACAUACCAGGCUAUUUACUGUCUCGUUCUCAAGAUUUAUACAGUUAAUGCAAUCUGGGGGAAACUAAGAGUUUGUAUUACUAGAACUGUCAAGACUCAAAUCUGCAUUGAAGAGACAGUUAUUAGUUUUCUGAAACUGAUCCCUACAGACUGAACUAUGGUUGAGCAUACGAGCAACACGGAGAACACUGGGGCUGUGCUGGCGGGAGAGUUAACCGAUUCUGGAGACACCGACCAGGAGUUGGCUGCUUCCCCGACUCCCGGCUCCCCGGCAUCCGCGGGAGAUAAACUGGACGCUGCCUGGUGCAAAACCCCCACCGGCCACAUCAAGAGACCGAUGAACGCGUUCAUGGUCUGGUCGCAGAUUGAGAGGCGUAAAAUCAUGGAACAGUCACCAGACAUGCACAACGCCGAGAUCUCCAAGAGACUGGGCAAGCGCUGGAAGCUCCUGAAAGACAGCGACAAGAUCCCCUUCAUUCGAGAGGCGGAGCGUCUCCGGCUGAAGCACAUGGCGGACUACCCAGACUACAAGUACCGGCCGAGAAAGAAAGUGAAGUCUAGCAGCUCCAAACCUGGUGAAAAGGGAGAGAAGAGCAGCAGCGCCGGCCCUAAGCCCUCGUUGAAAAAGGGCAGCGGGUCGAAAUCGCUCAGUAAACCGCACAAGGUGGUUCUGGGGAGCGCCAAAUCCGCAUUCCCGGAACAAGUCUCUAGCGCGGUCCCUACAGAUCACCAUUCGCUCUACAAAUCCAGGUCGGUUUCGGCUGCCAAGCAGGUCCCAGACAAGAAAACUAAGCGGGGUUGCAUGUUUGGGGGGAACAACCACGGCGCCAGUCCGUCUUCAGCGGCUGUCCCCGCAAGUCCCACCCUGAGCAGCUCUGCUGAAUCUGGUGACCCUCUGAGCCUUUAUGAGGACGGAGCGGUAAGUGGAAAGGCAGGCGCCGAUUCCCCCAGCGCGUCAUCCGACCACUUCAGGUACUCCAACAUGCGGGCAUCUUCACCCACUCCCUCCGCUUCCCUCUCGUCGUCUUCUCAGUCUUCGUCCUCGGACGAAGAGUUCGAAGACGACUUGCUGGACCUGAACCCCAGUCCAGGUUUUGAUAGCAUGUCGCUGGGGAGUAUUGGGUCGUCAGUUUUGGACAGAGACUUGGAUUUUCAUUUUGAGUCGGGCUCCGGUUCCCACUUUGAGUUUCCCGACUACUGCACUCCAGAGGUGAGCGAAAUGAUUUCAGGGGACUGGCUGGAGUCGACUAUUUCCAAUUUGGUAUUCACUUAUUGAAGGACAAAUCCAUGCCUUGUAACAGGAAUAAUUUGUUUUGCUCUAAAUAAAGGGAUUCUGAGAAGGCGAGUUUGAUAGAUGGGUCCCGCUUGAGAAAGUGGGACAGCAGAAGUGAACUAAGCAAAUGCUUGUUUUACUCCAAGGAUCAAGGACUGCGGAUAGCGACUGGAAACAAGGUUGAAGAAAUUGCUUACCUAGCCUAUUUGGCAGGAGAAGAGAGGAAGAUGACGGUGUGCCCUGAUGAGGACUGACUGAGACCUUAUUGACAAAUACUCGGUCCGGACGAUAAGGUUGAUUUGCACGUACAUGAAGGCGGGCUUAGGUCGGAUGCUUUAAUCAACGUUACUUAAAAAGGGACAUUUUGAGAAGUUUUUUUUUGAUAGUUAAGUGAACUACAGUACUUAGAGGUACAGAAAUGUGCCAAAUUACGCUGUUCUCCCGCGUAAUGGAUUAAUUGAUCAGGUGGGUUGGCUUAAAAUAACUUUUAAAAAAGAGAUGCGCGCAUGUCUUUCGGUGAGAUUUCGGUGAGGCUGUUGAACAGUUAUAGGUAGGGGUCGGUUUAUUUAAACGGAUUGAUGGCGCGAUGGUUAUUUCAUAGAAUGACAACGAUCACCAGCUUUUUCAUCCUUAACUUCAGGAUUCAAAAACGCAACUCAAAUCUGUGCUGAACUUUAUACACUGCAAUUCAGGACCAAAAUUCUUAAGGGUUACUUUUCCAUCCUCGUGUUUUUCUCCUUUGUACCAUGUAUCUAGAUGACAUUUUUAUAUGGAUGUAUUUAUACUGGCCAAACAUUUUUACUGUAAUUUUUGUUCACGUAGAUCUUGUUGUGUAUAACUGCACCGUCUGUUUCCUUCGCGGAAGGGCUAGUUUUACCUUUUUUUAUUUAAAUGUAGACUUCUGACACUUAAAGAGAUUAAACGUUUCGUUAUUUUCUAAGUGUAUUUUUGUACAAAAAUAUAAAGGGGGUGUCAAUCGGUGUAUAUCGCUGUUUGGAUUUCCUAUUUUUAAGACCAGGGGGCUGGUUAUGUCAGAAUCGGCCCCCUUUCCAUGUUUACAGUAUCAGUCUGCAGGCUUCUUAAAGACACAGUAUCUCAAAUUUGAAAAGCCCUGUAAAAAAACCAUGUGCAUCGAGCCAUCGAUACAAGUUUUCAGCAGCUCCGUCUGCCCUUUGUUUUCGCAUGUUGUCCAAUAAGAGAUACUGUAGCUUUAACCAUUUCUUUGCUCUCUUUAUGGUAAAAAGUUAGGUUUAAACCACUGGAUGGAAUCGAAAACACAUUCUAAAUGCCUCUGAGUUCGCAACAACUACGUACUGCGUUUCUCAUUGUAUCAGAACAUGUAAUCGCUUCUACUUGUUAGCUAAAUUAUAGCUACUUGUCUUAGUAUCUUACGGCAUGGUGAAUAACAUUUGUAUUUCUGAUUCAGGUUUAAGUAGAGCAGUUGGUUAAGAAAAACAGCAUCAACGUGAAAACAUAUUUGUACAUUUUACUGUAUUAUAUGCAAAGAUUAUGUGUUAAUGUAUGUUGAGAUAUAACAUGACAGGCUCUAGAACAGCCAUCUUUAUAAAUCUUCACGUGCAUUUACAGUUGCUGUUGUUCAUGUUUUUAUACGUAUACAAUUUAAUUUGUGACUUGUGUUCAUUCAUUCUGUGCAAUAUGCUUUGUAGAGUAUUGUUUUGACUAAUCAUGCCAUAUCUCAACAUUUGAGUUGGAAAACUCAAUGCCAGCCAAUUGUGUUAAGUCACUGCUUGUCAGGUCUUCUGUAAAUAAAGUUCUCUUUUUCCAAGAAGGAAAUAAAAUC